AUGGAUGGGCCGGCGGUGCUGUCGAUGCCGCCGUUAACUUCUUCGCAGAAAUCGGCGCAAUCGCCGCAACCGCAAUCGCAUCCGAAACAGAAUCAGGAGUUGCAGGUGGGUACCGUGUCGCUUUAUGGGAUCCACAUCGUGUCGCUGGUGAUCGAGGGGCAGGAGCGACUCUGUCUGGCGCAGAUCAGCAACACCCUGCUGAAGCAGUUCAGCUACAACGAGAUUCACAAUCGCCGGGUGGCGUUGGGCAUCACCUGCGUGCAGUGCACGCCGGUGCAGCUGGAGAUACUCCGCCGUGCCGGCGCGAUGCCGGUGUCCUCGCGUAGAUGCGGCAUGAUCACCCGCAGGGAGGCGGAACGCCUCUGCAAGUCCUUCCUCGGCGACAACGCGCCGCCCAGAUUGCCCGAAGAUUUCGCGUUCUCCGUUCACCACGAGUGCGCCUGGGGCUGCCGCGGCGCCUUCCUGCCCGCCCGUUACAACAGCUCGCGCGCCAAGUGCAUCAAGUGCGCGUACUGUGGCCUGUUUUUCUCGCCGAACAAGUUCAUCUUCCACUCGCACCGUAUCGGCCCGUCGGACAAGUACGUGCAGCCGGACGCGGCGAACUUCAACUCGUGGCGCCGGCACAUGAAGCUGUCCGGCACCCAGCCGGACGAGGUGGUGCACGCCUGGGAGGACGUCAAGGCGAUGUUCAACGGCGGCACCAGGAAACGCCUGUUGGGCAACUCGCACAGCUCCCGGCAGUCGCCGAGUCCGGCGAAGCAGCCGAGAUCGUCGCCGACCGGCGCCGCGCAGAUUCCGACCACCUUGAUGCCGACACCGGCGCAUCCGCGCGUGCCGCCGUUCCCGGAGCUGCCGCUGCCGCUGUCCCGCAGCCUCGUCAUGGACUACGUGUGGCAUCAGCACCAGCAGGCGGCGGCGGUCGCCGCGGCCAAGACACCCAGCCCAUUCGCGUUUCCGUCCUACGCCCUGCCCUGGUUGGCCAAGCGGAGUCCCGUCCUAUUCCCUGGACCGCUACCGCCGCCCAUAAGCGGCUCCAGCCCCACGGAACCGCUGAUCCCGACCGUCAAUCCACCUUUGCACCAGUCCGCGUUCCGUCCGGUGAUUCGCGGGCCGCCCCUCGUCGAACCGGCGGUCAUACCGGAGCGACCGGCGGACGUCGGCCAGAAGGAGGACAACUCCGACGACGAGGUCGACAUCGAGACGACGGAGGACGACCCGGUGACGCCGCUCAACGCGAGCCUUCAGAAUCUUCACUCGGCCUCGAACUCCGCGAUGAGCAGCCAUAGCGGACGAAGUACGUCGCCGCAGUGCUGGAGUCCUCCCCGAGAAACGGAACGGGAGGCUGAGAAGAUCGCCGAGGAGGCCGCGGCUCUGCGCGACGUGAAGACGGAACUGCCGCCGGCGAGAAGUCCCGAGACCUGGCACGGCAGUGCUUACUAUCGGCAUCUCAAUGUUCUGAAGGGGAACGAGCCGGCCGCGGAAAGGGCGGGCUCCGAUUGCUCGGCUUGCCGUCCACGCGGUAUGUUUUACGGCCAAGUCCACAGUCCGUCCGCGCCGACCAAUUAA